GGGGAAGAGGAGGAGCUGCCGGUAUAUAAAGCGAACGGAUCCUGGGGCGGCGGCAGUCAUCCGGUGGAGAGCGAGAGGGAAGGACGAAUUGUGCUCGUGUGUAUCUUUGCCUCCACGUCAGUUUCAAAGAUGCGGGUGUUGGCAGCAGCGUUGGCAGUGUUGGUAGUCAGUGGCCAGUCCCACGGCUGCUUCUUUUGGAAGGGAGAAUGUAAUGAUACAGCCCCAGCGGACGCCAGCAGCACACGCACGGCCAGCGAUGAUGAACGAAUUGUUAAUAACCCACUAGGAGGCCCCAACACAGCCGGUCCUGCCAGCAACGUGGACCACGCAAGUAGUCUCGUUGGCCUUCUCAACGGAGCUGUAGCAGGCGGUCUCGGGGGUCAAGGAGGAGGUCUCGGAGGUCAAGGAGGAGGUCUCGGAGGUCAAGGAGGCGGUCUCGGAGGUCAAGGAGGCGGUCUUGGAGGUCAAGGAGGAGGUCUCGGAGGUCAAGGAGGUGGUCUCGGAGGUCAAGGAGGCGGUCUUGGAGGACAAGGAGGCGGUCUCGGAGGCUUAGGAGGUGGACUUGGAGGCGGUCUCGGAGGUGGUGUCAGCGAUCAAGACAUAACACCUUGUAACAACGGAUUGGGCGUCUGCGUGCCUUAUUAUCUCUGCAACGAAGGAAACGUCAUAACGGACGGCGCUGGCCUUAUUGAUAUCAGGUUUGGCAACAGCAAGAAGGGGAACGACACCAGCACCAGAUCCAGUUCCGACUGCCCGCAGUUCCUCGACGUCUGCUGCACCAAUCCCAAUCCCCCGGACGUGGUCACCCCGCCCCUACACGCCCGCUGCGGCAAGAGGAACUCGCAAGGCUUCGACGUCCGCAUCACUGGAUUCAAGAAUAACGAGGCCCAGUUCGCCGAGUUCCCCUGGAUGACGGCCAUCCUGCGAGUGGAGAGAGUCGGCGAGAAGGAGCUGAACCUGUACGUGUGCGGUGGCUCCCUCAUCCAUCCAUCCAUCGUUCUCACAGCCGCUCAUUGCGUACACUCAAAGGCUGCAAGAUCACUCAAGGCCCGUUUCGGAGAGUGGGACACCCAGAAGACGUACGAGCGGUAUCCUCACCAGGACAGGAACGUCAUCAGCGUGAAAAUCCAUCCUAAUUACAACUCAGGCGCUCUCUACAACGACUUCGCUCUCCUCUUCCUUGACAGCCCCGUUACCCUGGCUCCCAACGUGGACACCGUCUGCCUCCCGCAAGCAAACCAGAAGUUCGACUACGACACCUGCUGGGCCACUGGCUGGGGCAAGGACAAGUUCGGCAAGGAGGGAGAAUUCCAAAACAUCCUCAAGGAAGUGGCUCUCCCUGUCGUCCCCAACAAUGACUGUCAGAAGGGUCUCAGAACCACUCGGCUCGGAAGCUUCUUCCAGCUGCACAACUCCUUCAUGUGCGCUGGCGGCCAACAGGGUCUCGACACGUGCAAGGGCGACGGCGGGUCCCCCUUGGUGUGCGAGGCAGUGAAGGGCUCGGGCGUGUACGUCCAAGCGGGCAUCGUGGCCUGGGGCAUCGGGUGCGGCGAGCAGGGCGUCCCUGGGGUUUACGCCGACGUGGGUUACGCCUCGAACUGGAUCCAGACCGAAGCCAACAUCGGUCUUAAUUCCCACUACAAUAUCCAAGGUUAUAACUGGGACUACGGAAGAUUUGCCACCUUGCUCGAAGUAAACGAAGGAAAAACAGGAAAAAUAAGCACUAUGCAAAUGUUCGGUGAUGUGGAUGAUGAGGUCAAUAAUUUCCCGGAGACCUUGGCAACUCAGCCACCGUUUCUGGCCGCAUAUAAAGCGGCCCCGGCGAAUCUUCUUGUCACUCAGCGCCCUGGCUUUCACCUGAACACACAUACAGGAGGAUCAGCUCACUUACUUACUGUACAAGAUGUUGGAGCAUGUGAUACAGAUGAUCUUAUGACAACUGCUGAGGAUUUUAACUCACAUUAUCCUGUCAGCAAUUUAUUGAUUUAUCUGAAAUAUUCUUAUGUCCAUACACACGGUAUCAAUUGCCUGAUGCGUGUACUCGCGGCUGUGUUAGCUCUUGCAGCUGUGGCCUCUGCAGUGCCCAGGGUUCGACGUCAGACAGAGCCACAGGUAUACUGUAACAACAAGAGGGAUGUAUGUGUCCCUUAUUACCUGUGCAGGGACGGAAUAGUUAUUACAGAUGGAAGCGGUCUCAUCGAUAUUAGAAUCAAGCCUCGACUCGGCGGAACAACACAGAGGCCACGAGGUCUGCAACCCCAGAGCCCGCGAGGUCUUCAGCCACGGAGUUCAUUUCGGAGUGCCCAAGCUUCCUCGACGUCUGCUGCACCGACCCCACCCGCAAACCCCCCCUCCCCGAAGUACGUGGCCCAGUGCGGCAGACGGAAUGAAGAGGGGGUCAACGCCCGCAUUGUUGAUUUCCCCGCCAACCAGGCGCAGUUCGGCGAAUUCCCAUGGAUGGCUGCGGUGCUAAGGACAGAAUACUCGGAGGAUAAUGUGGAAGAAAAGCACUACGUCUGCGGCGGCUCUCUCAUCCACCCUCAGGUUGUUCUCACGGCCGCCCACUGCGUCUACAACAUCAACCCAACCACCCUCAACGUCCGCCUUGGGGAAUGGGACACCCAGAAAGCUUAUGAGCUCUACCCACACCAGGACCGCAACGUCGGCUACGUCGUCACCCACCGCGAGUUCAAUCCCACCAAUCUCUUCAACGAUUUCGCUCUCCUCUUCCUCGACUCCCCCGUGGAACUCGCACCUAACGUGGACACCGUCUGCCUCCCUGAACAAGGAGAGAUAUUCGAUGGGUCCUACUGCUGGGCUACUGGCUGGGGCAAGGAUAGGUUCGGGAAGGAAGGAGUGUUCCAGAACGUCUUGAAGGAGGUUGAGCUCCCCGCCGUUAGCCAGUACGACUGCCAGGAAUCCCUUCGCACAACCAGGCUUGGAAAACUUUUCAAGCUGCACCCAUCCUUCACAUGCGCAGGCGGCGUCGCCGGCGUCGAUACUUGCACAGGAGAUGGAGGAUCUCCCCUCGUGUGCAGGGUGGGUAAUAGCUACGUCCAAGCAGGUAUCGUGGCUUGGGGCAUCGGCUGUGGAGAGGACAAUGUUCCUGGCGUCUAUGCCAACGUGCCUGGUUUCGUCAACUGGAUCAAGAAUAAUGUAAACACCAUCCUCCUACAAGAGUUCAACUAUGACAACGCCAACUAUUGGUAAAUAAUGCGAAGCAAAUGUCAAGGCACUAUAUCGCUGCACCGAUCCAUCAAGACGCUUAACCUUGUGGCGGCAGAGCCAAGAAGGCCCUGCGUCGAGGUUACUGAAAAAUUGAUUCUAUUUA